AUGUCUCGUUUUGACUCUCGCACGACUCUUUUUUCGCAGGACGGCCGUCUCCUGCAGGUUGAGUACGCGAUAAAGGCAGUAACGAUUGCCGCGCCGUGCCUCGCAAUCCUGGCCCAAGACGGGAUUGUCUUUGUCGCCCAGAAGAAGCUGCCAUCGAAACUCAGCGAUCAGCAGACAAGCGAAAAGAUUUACAAGAUCGAUUCCCACAUUGUGUGCGCUGUUUCUGGGCUAACCUCCGAUGCCAAUAUCCUUAUCGACGAGGCCAGAACCUACAGUCAAAAAUGGCUAGCAGUCUAUGACGAACCUAUUCCCGUCGAAGUUCUAGUUCAAUAUAUUUCGGAUGUCAAACAGAACUACACGCACCACGGAGGACUGCGUCCAUAUGGCGUCUCCUUCCUUUUUGGGGGCUGGGAUGCCCACCUUGGGUUCCAAUUGUACCAGACAGAUCCCAGUGGGAAUUAUUCUGCGUGGGUUGCAACAAGCAUAGGAGGGUCCGCUCCGGAAAUAGCAUCAGCUCUGAAGCAGAACAUUGCAGAUAGCAGUCAAAAGAUUCUACUAAAGGAGGCCCAGCAAUACGCUGUUUCUGCGUUAAUUAAGACUACAGACAUAACCAAGGUAUCAUCUGACAAAAUGGAGAUCCUUACGGUGGUGAAGGGCGAGAGUGGAGACAUUCUUGCAAAGUACGUCUCUAAUGCAGAGGUCGACGCCAUCUGUCGACAACUGCAGGAUAAGUGA